UCUGGGGUGUGGCCGCCAAGCGCCCCUCCUUCGUGGGCGACUCUCGGCUCCGGUGGUCCGUACAGGUCUCCGCUCCGGCUCAGCAGCACAGUGUAGCUGCCGCCCGCUCGCCCGCUUCUCGGACCAUGGCGAACACGGAGCGCACCUUCAUCGCCAUCAAGCCAGACGGCGUGCAGCGCGGCCUGGUGGGCGAAAUCGUUAAGCGGUUCGAGCAGAAAGGGUUCCGCCUCGUGGCCAUGAAGUUCCUAAGGGCCUCCAAUGAACUCCUGAAGGAGCACUACAUUGACCUGAAAGACCGCCCGUUCUACCCCGGGCUGGUGAAGUACAUGAACUCAGGGCCUGUGGUGGCCAUGGUCUGGGAGGGGCUGAACGUGGUGAAGACAGGGAGGAUGAUGCUCGGGGAGACCAAUCCAGCAGAUUCUAAGCCAGGCACCAUUCGUGGAGACUUCUGCAUUCAAGUUGGCAGGAACAUCAUUCACGGCAGUGACUCCGUAAAAAGUGCCGAGAGAGAAAUCAGCCUGUGGUUUAAGCCAGAAGAACUGGUUGACUACAAGUCUUGCGCUUUCGACUGGAUCUAUGAAUAAAGGAAUGGACAAAGCAUCAGUCGCCUUUGGCUCCGCUUGGGUGUUUCCCUGGACACAGCUGUCCAUUCCACUGACUUGGAAGCAAUUGGAUCAAUCUUUGUUUUCUAAAGUAUAUUCACCAAUAAAGCCUUUGGAAACUGG